AUGGGGGGGUAUCUUUUUUGGUCCAAUCUGCGAUGCCCUCGGCCCCCGGCCCAACAACAAACGACCCAACCCACCGACCAACCAACUCGACAGCAGUCGACAGGGUGCUCGACCAUCUCUCAGCUCUCAGCUCCGCUGACCCUUUGUACGUGCUGUAGUUGUGGUUUUACUCUAUGCCCAUCAGCUCUGCGACUAGCAUCUUGGUAUCCAUCUGCACAAGAUUGCUCGGGGCCGGACCAGAGGCUCUUCCUUUAUUUGGAUCCAAGUGGCAAGUCCGCCCGAGGGGAUCGCCGGGGGGGCGGCUUCGCAGCUGGUGCUGCGUCCUCUUUGUCGAUUGCACGAGAGCACGAGACCCUUGGGUACGCUACUAAAGCAAGAAUGGAGAUAGGCGGAGGUGGACCGGCGACGAUUGGCCCGACGGGCGGGAUCCCUCGCCUCGGUCCGCAGGCGGAACGGUCCAGCGCAUGGAUUAAUCGCGAAGGGGGGCUGCAGCCGCCGACAGAGCGUGAGGCCCUUGUGGUGGACGCUCUGGCGGACAAGCGUCUGUACGAGCAAGAGUUGGCCAGGACACGAGAAGAAAACGCCUUUCUGCAGGAUCAGGUAAGAAGAGUAUCAGCGGAGUUGAAGAGGUACCAGGUUCGGUUCCCACGAGCGGCAGCAGACGCGGCUGCUUCAGCGACGGCAACAAGGGCAGACGGAAGCGGGGGGCGAGGAGGAGAGGGUGGCGGAGAGGUUAGCGGGCAAGAUGCCGCGGACGAUGUUCCUCUUCCCCCGUGGGUGACGUCAUCGGAGGUCAUGUCUCCCCUUCUCGCGGCCUACGACGCCAGGAUACAGGACCUGGAGGGGCAGGUUGCGGCACAGAGGGAUGGCAUGGAGGAGCUCGCUGGUCGGACGCAUCAACUCGUGGAGGAGAACGACACGCUGCGGCAAGAGCAUACUCGCGAGCUGGACGAACUGGUGCAGCAGGCCGGGGCAUCGGGAGGUCUGGGAGGUGUGGGCGCGAGGGAGAUGGUGGGAGAGCUCAACGAGCGCAUUAACGUUCUCAUGGCAGAGAACACCGUGAUGGCAGACCAGACAUCGGCGAUGGCGAAGGAGUUAGAUGCGGUGCAUGAGGAGCUCGAGGAUCGGGAGGCGCAGAUGGCGGCCCUGACGAAGGCCCUCAGCGAGGCCGGAGUCGGCCUACGGACGUUGGAAGAAAAGGUCCCUCGACUCGAGAGAGAGAAGGCCCACGCCGAGGGAGAGCUCAUGAAAGCCGUCAAUGCCAUGUCAGAAAGGGAGGCAGCGCUCGCAGAGGUGGGAGAAAAACUGGGGGCUUCGAAAGAAGAGGCGAGGCGUUUGUCGGUGAAAUUGACGGAGAUGGAGGCCGACCGCGCGGCGAUGGAAAAGCAGGCCGAAAACGACGCGGACGUUGCGGCGGAGCGCGUGCGCGCGACGGGUCAGCGUAUCACCGAGCUGCAAGGGCUAAUGGCGGCUCGGGGUCAAGAAGCAGACAUUAAUGGAGACAGGGCGAGGAAGCUGCAGCGGGAGCUCGACUCCACGCGCAGGGAUGCCGAGGGUAUGCUCCAGGUGAUGUCCGGCAUGGAGAGACAGAUCGCUGACUUUUCGUCUAGGGAGGAGUCAACCACCAGCCUCGCCAAGGAGAGCAAGCAGAAGGUCGAGGACGCGCUCCUGGCAAGAGAUCAGGCAAGGGCUCUAGAGAUCCAGUCCCGCCGGGAGCUAGCCAGGGUACUAGAAGCGCGCAAGGCGGAUGCAUCAGGGCACGUGCGGGAGAUGGAGGAGGCCGUGCUGACGCUGAAGAACAAGUUUAUGGCGCAAGUCGCCGCUCGAGAUCGCGAGAUACAGGACCUUGCAGCACAGGCGGCAAGGUUACGAGGGGAGGCGGAGCGGGCCGCCAGGGACCGCGCAGGGAUGGAAGAGGUGUACUCGUCGCUCAAGCAAGGGGUGGAAACGGAGACGGAGACUCUCAAGGCGAAGUUCGACGAGCUGCAAGAGAGGGUGCUCGAGGCCGAUGCCAAGCGAGAUGAGCACGAGGCCGCCGCCAGGGAGCUUAGGCAAAACGCCGUCGACGCCGACAGGGAGUUCGAUGCUAAGGAAGCAGCGUUCAGAGCGAAAGAGAACCACCUCGACGACACGCUUAAAGCUAGGGAACGAGAGCUGGAUGCCAUACGUGUCAGUUUGAGGGCAGCCACCGACCACUCCGAGAACCGUCAGAGAGAGGCCAAGAGGCUAGCGGCAUUGCUCGAGGAGACUAGGGAGGAGUAUACCAGAAAGCUGGAAGAAGAAGUGCUGGUUCGAAAGGCGGAAGUGGAAGAAGCCAACACUCACGCGGCGGCGUUAGAGAGAAGCUCAAGGGAGGCCGAGCGACGGGUGGGUGAGGUGGAAGCGUCGUUCAAGAAGCAGCUCCGGGGAGCGCAGGAGCGAGAGAGGUGUGCGGGUUUGUCGACGGAGAGGCGUCUUCGGGAGGAAGGGGAGCUCGCACAGAGGCUGUCUUCCAGAAACACCGACCUUCAGCUUGGCGACGACGAUAUGGAGACGUCCUCGCCGGAGUAUGGUGCGAAGGACCUCCCGCGUUUUUCGAGCUCUCUGAGCUUACAAUCCAGCUGUCGGAGACAAUCGGGCAGGCUGAGACGAGGGCGAGGGAUGAGGGCCGCCUGA